AUGGGUUGCAUUCUUGAAAUUGGCUAUUUUGGCCGAAAAGAGGCAAUUGAAGCUAUGCUUAAAGAAGGGUUGAUAAAAAAGCUAGUGGAGUUGCAAAGAUUAGAACUUGGUGGGGAUUUGAUUGAUAUGGGAAUGUUAGAUCGGGCGAGAAAGAAUGGUGAAGGAGAAGAUUGUUUUAGAGAGUCAUCCAUUUACCGGUUGUGUGGCAAGAUUUGCGGUUCAAUUAGAGAAGCAAGUCGUGAGCCACUGCAAUCAACACCGUUCUCGACAACGGGAGCAUUUGGACUAAGAGAAGUUCGGAGAUGUAGAUAG